AUGCGAUGUGACUGGGAGGUCGUAAAGCGCUGCUUUGAAGCCCAACCAAACUUUGCUGACUAUAUCCCAUCCAAGAAAAAUGGCCUGUUUCCUGUAGAUGAGAAUAUGGUCUUUCGAGCUCUGAAUUUGGUUGGGAGUCCGCGAAAUGUGCGUAUUAUCAUAGUGGGCCAGGACCCCUAUCCUCGUGCAGAAUCUGCCGUCGGCAUCUCAUUCUUAGACGGUGCAGUCGAAAGCUUUCAGAGUCCUCGGCUAGCUCCAAGUGUCAGGCACGUGCUGCAGGCCAUCUUGGUUUCUCGCAAACUAAUGGGCCCCCAGGACAGCGUUGAUAAAUUGCGUGCUGUCUUGAAGGACAACAUCGGAGAAACGCAGACAGAAUGGUUUACCUCCCUUGCUACGCGAUGCGGUGUUCUGUGGCUUAACCGAAGCCUAACGUUCGGAGGAAAGGACCCAAAGACCUUGCAAGUGCACCUGACAUUUUGGAAGCCUGUUAUAGAGACCAUUCUGGAGGAGGUUGUGCGAGCAAGGACAAGCAGCGGAUUGAUUGUUUUGCUCUGGGGCGCGAAAGCAGCUGAUCUUAGGCCCGUCUUGGUAGGGCUUGCAAACAAGCAUAAAAACUGCUCUAUGAAGCUCCUUUUAAAUGUCCACCCUCUAGGCCACACCUUUCCCGGCGCAGGAGUAUUUGAAGCAGUAAAAAAGGUCGAGGAGGAGCUCAAGAUGGGUGUAACUGACUUUCUAUCUGCGACGGUUUCUAAACAUGACCACAGUGAUGAAUUGUGA